GAAGCCGCAGCUACCGCGUAAACCUCUCGACUUCUCCGAGCCACCGCCGGCCGCCUGGGAAAGCUGGCGUUGCUCUUGGCGGCGGCUUCGGGCGCAGCAGGGUGAAGAGGAGGCCGGGGUGGCGGGAGGCCGGCGGGGCCGGGGCGGGAGGCGAAGACUCAUGCAAUGGCCACAGAUGAUAAGAGCUCCCCGACUCUGGAGUCCGCUAGUGACCUGCCUCGCUCGCCCACUAGUCCGUCUCACCUCACCCACUUCAAACCCUUGACUCCUGACCAGGAUGAGCCCCCCUUCAAGUCAGCCUACAGUUCUUUUGUAAAUCUCUUUCGUUUUAACAAAGAGAGGGGAGAAGGGGGCCAAGGGGAGCAGCCGUCUCCGAGUGCAGGUUGGUCCAGCCCUCACAUCCCUUCGAGGACACAGUCGGUGAAGUCGCCCGUACCUUAUAAAAAGCAGCUUGAUGAGGAGCUCCAGCGGCGCUCUUCAGUGCUAGCAGAGAACACUUUGCCACAUCCCCAGGAGAACACAGACUCAAGAAGGAAAGUAGAACCAGCCUUUGGAGGUCAUGACCCACGUACAGCUGUUCAGCUUCGAAGCCUCAGCACAGUAUUGAAGCGCCUCAAGGAGAUAAUGGAAGGGAAGAGCCAGGACAGUGACCUGAAGCAAUACUGGAUGCCAGAUAGCCAGUGUAAAGAGUGCUAUGAUUGCAGUGAAAAAUUUACAACCUUUAGGCGCAGACACCAUUGCAGAUUGUGUGGGCAGAUUUUCUGUAGUCGUUGUUGUAAUCAAGAAAUCCCUGGAAAGUUUAUGGGCUACACAGGAGACCUCCGAGCGUGCACAUACUGUAGAAAAAUAGCCUUAAGUUAUGCUCAUUCCACAGACAGUAAUUCCAUUGGGGAAGACUUGAAUGCUCUCUCAGAUUCAACUUGCUCUGUGUCUAUACUUGAUCCAGGUGAACCUCGGACACCUGUUGGGAGUAGAAAAGCUAGUCGUAACAUAUUUUUAGAGGAUGAUUUAGCCUGGCAAAGCUUGAUUCAUCCAGACUCCUCAAAUAGUGCUCUUUCAACAAGACUUGUUUCUGUUCAAGAGGAUGCAGGGAAGUCUCCUGCUCGAAACAGAUCAGCCAGCAUUACUAAUCUGUCACUGGAUCGAUCUGGUUCUCCUAUGGUUCCUUCAUAUGAGACAUCUGUCAGUCCCCAGGCUAACCGAACCUAUGUUAGAACAGAGACUACUGAGGAUGAACGCAAAAUUCUUCUGGACAGUGUCCAGUUAAAAGAUCUGUGGAAGAAAAUCUGCCAUCACAGCAGCGGGAUGGAAUUUCAGGAUCAUCGCUACUGGCUGAGAACACAUCCCAACUGCAUUGUCGGAAAGGAGUUAGUCAACUGGCUAAUCAGAAAUGGACACAUUGCUACAAGGGCACAAGCGAUAGCAAUCGGCCAAGCGAUGGUUGAUGGACGUUGGCUGGACUGUGUCAGUCAUCAUGACCAGCUUUUCAGGGAUGAGUAUGCUCUGUAUAGACCGUUGCAGAGUACCGAGUUUUCUGAAACACCUUCUCCAGACAGCGACUCGGUGAACUCUGUGGAAGGACACUCUGAACCAUCCUGGUUUAAAGACAUAAAAUUUGAUGAUAGUGACACAGAACAGAUUGCUGAAGAAGGCGACGAUAAUUUGGCUAAUUCUGCCAGUCCUAGCAAGCGCACCUCAGUCAGCAGUUUCCAGUCCACAGUGGACAGUGACUCAGCCGCUUCUAUCAGCCUGAACGUGGAGCUGGACAACGUGAACUUCCAUAUCAAGAAGCCCUCCAAGUACCCACAUGUGCCCCCUCACCCUGCUGACCAAAAAGAGUAUUUGGUUUCUGACACUGGAGGACAGCAGCUCUCAAUAAGCGAUGCCUUCAUCAAAGAAUCUUUGUUUAAUCGUCGAGUAGAGGAAAAAUCCAAAGAACUGCCCUUUACCCCUUUGGGCUGGCAUCAUAACAACCUGGAGCUCUUGCGGGAGGAGAAUGAGGAGAAGCAAGCCAUGGAAAGGCUGCUCUCAGCUAAUCAUAACCACAUGAUGGCACUACUCCAGCAGUUGCUUCACAACGAGUCAUUGUCAUCAUCUUGGAGGGACAUCAUUGUGUCCCUAGUCUGCCAGGUUGUUCAGACAGUCCGACCUGAUGUUAAGCACCAGGAUGAUGACAUGGAUAUCCGCCAGUUUGUCCACAUCAAGAAGAUUCCAGGUGGAAAGAAAUUUGAUUCUGUGGUUGUCAAUGGCUUUGUUUGUACCAAGAACAUUGCACAUAAAAAGAUGAAUUCUUGUAUUAAAAAUCCCAAAAUCCUUCUGUUGAAGUGUUCCAUUGAGUAUCUCUAUAGAGAAGAAACUAAGUUUACUUGCAUUGAUCCUAUUGUGCUUCAGGAAAGGGAAUUCUUGAAGAAUUAUGUUCAACGGAUAGUUGAUGUUCGACCCACAUUGGUUCUAGUUGAGAAAACAGUAUCUCGGAUUGCUCAGGACAUGUUACUGGAACAUGGCAUUACUCUGGUCAUUAAUGUAAAGUCACAAGUUUUAGAACGAAUCAGUCGAAUGACCCAAGGUGAUUUAGUGGUGUCCAUGGACCAGCUGCUCACUAAACCACACCUGGGCACUUGCCACAAAUUUUAUAUGCAGAUAUUUCAGUUACCUAAUGAACAAACCAAAACACUGAUGUUUUUUGAAGGCUGUCCACAGCACCUAGGAUGUACAAUCAAGCUCAGAGGAGGCUCCGAUUAUGAGCUGGCUCGAGUUAAGGAAAUCCUAAUAUUUAUGAUCUGUGUAGCUUAUCAUUCUCAACUAGAAAUCUCCUUUCUCAUGGAUGAGUUUGCUAUGCCUCCAACUUUAAUGCAAAGCCCUUCAUUCCAUUCUCUGUCUGAGGGCCGAGGGGAAGAAGGCGUGCCUCAGGAGCAGUACAGUGGCAGCUCCCUUCCCCAGGACCCAGAGUGCCCUCCUGACUCCCUGUCUUCUGAUGACAGCACGUUGUUGGAAUCAAGGAUUACACUUGAGAAGGGCGAGCAGGACAGUAAAAGUGUUCCCCAGGCGGUUGCCUCUGUGAAACAUCAAGAUUAUUCUGCACCCGCUUGCCCAGCAGGUAUUCCCUGUGCUCUCUUUGCGUUGGUACCUGAAUCCUUGUUGCCUCUCCAUAUGGAUCAACAGGAUGCUAUAGGAAAUGAAGAGCCAGAGACAUCGCAGCAAACAGACGAACACCAGGAUCCCAGAAGCCAAAUAAGAGCCUUUAGAGACCCCCUACAGGAUGACACCGGGAUGUACAUUACUGAGGAAGUCACCUCCUCUGAAGAUAAACGAAAGACAUACUCUUUGACAUUUAAACAAGAAUUAAAAGACGUGAUCCUCUGUAUCUCUCCAGUUAUUACAUUCCGGGAACCUUUCCUUUUAACUGAAAAGGGGAUGAGGUGCUCAACUCGAGAUUAUUUUCCAGAGCAGAUUUACUGGUCUCCUCUCCUCAACAAGGAGGUGAAGGAAAUGGCGCUCAGGAGGAAGAAACAGCUGCUCAGGGAUCUCUCUGGACUUCAGGGCAUGAAUGGCAGUGUUCAGGCCAAGUCUAUUCAAGUCUUACCCUCACAUGAGCUAGUGAGCACCAGGAUCGCCGAGCAUCUCGGUGAUAGCCAGAGCUUGGGCAGAAUGCUGGCUGAUUAUCGAGCUAGAGGAGGAAGAAUUCAGUCAAAACAUUUGGACCCUUUUGUCCAUUCAAAAGAUGCAUCAUCCACUUCAGGAUGUAAAUCGGGAAACAAAACUGAGAGUGAUGAAGAGAAGGGGUUGGUUCCAAGCGAUGCCUUAUGGGCGACAAAGGUGGACUGCCUGAAUCCUGCCAACCACCAGAGGCUCUGUGUCCUCUUCAGCAGCUCCUCGGCCCAGUCCAGCAAUGCUCCCAGCGCAUGUGUCAGCCCUUGGAUUGUAACAAUGGAAUUUUAUGGAAAGAAUGAUCUUACACUGGGAAUAUUUUUAGAAAGAUACUGUUUCAGGUCGUCUUACCAAUGUCCUAGCAUGUUCUGUGAUACCCCUAUGGUGCAUCACAUUCGACGCUUUGUUCACGGUCAAGGCUGUGUGCAGAUAAUCCUGAAGGAGCUGGAUUCUCCAGUGCCUGGAUAUCAACAUACAAUUCUCACAUAUUCCUGGUGCAGAAUCUGCAAACAAGUAACACCAGUUGUUGCUCUUUCAAAUGAAUCUUGGUCUAUGUCAUUUGCAAAGUACCUUGAACUUCGGUUUUAUGGGCAUCAGUACACACGCAGAGCCAAUGCUGAGCCGUGUGGUCACUCUAUCCACCAUGAUUAUCACCAGUAUUUCUCUUAUAACCAGAUGGUGGCAUCCUUCAGUUAUUCUCCUAUUCGGCUUCUUGAAGUGUGUGUUCCACUACCAAAAAUAUUCAUUAAACGUCAAGCCCCACUGAAAGUGUCCCUUCUCCAGGACCUCAAGGACUUUUUCCAGAAAGUUUCACAGGUAUACCAAGCUGUUGAUGAAAGACUUGCAUCCUUGAAAACAGAUACAUUUAGCAAAACAAGAGAGGAAAAAAUGGAAGAUAUUUUUGCACAAAAAGAGAUGGAGGAGGGUGAGUUCAAGAACUGGACUGAGAAGAUGCAAGCAAGGCUUAUGUCCUCCUCUGUGGAUACCCCUCAGCAGCUGCGGUCCAUCUUUGAGUCACUCAUAGCCAAGAAGCAGAGUCUCUGUGAGGUGCUGCAAGCGUGGAACAGCAGGUUGCAGGACCUUUUCCAGCAGGAAAAAGGUAGGAAGAGGCCUUCGGUUCCUCCCAGUCCUGGAAGACUGAGACAAAGUGAAGAAAGCAAGAUAAGUGCAAUGGACACAUCUCCAAGGAAUAUUUCUCCAGGACUUCACAAUGGAGAAAAAGAGGAUCGCUUCUUGGCAACCCUGUCCAGCCAGAGCUCCACGAGCUCUACCCAUCUCCAGCUGCCAACUCCUCCUGAGGCCCUGGCUGAGCAGCUAAUGGGAGGGCCCUCCGACCUCGACACAGCUAGUGGCUCUGAAGAUGUAUUUGAUGGGCAUUUGCUGGGAUCCACAGACAGCCAGGUGAAGGAGAAGUCAACCAUGAAAGCCAUCUUUGCUAAUCUGCUUCCAGGAAACAGCUACAAUCCCAUUCCAUUUCCUUUUGAUCCAGAUAAACACUAUUUAAUGUAUGAACAUGAACGGGUACCCAUUGCUGUCUGUGAGAAAGAGCCCAGCUCCAUCAUUGCUUUUGCACUCAGUUGUAAAGAAUACCGAAAUGCCUUAGAGGAAUUGUCCAAGGCAACUCUGUGGAACAGUGCUGAAGAAGGGCUUCCAGCAAAUAGUGCCUUAGAUAACAGAACAAAGAGUAGCAGCCCCAUUAGAUUACCUGAAAUUAGUGGCGGACAGACAAACCGUACAAUAGAAGCAGAACCCCAACCAACCAAAAAAGCUUCAGGAAUGUUGUCCUUCUUCAGAGGAACGUCAGGGAAGAGCCCUGAUCUCUCUUCUCAGAAGAGGGAGACUUUACGUGGGGCCGACAGUGCUUACUACCAGGUGGGGCAGACCGGCAAAGAGGGGACGGAGAACCAAGGCGGGGAGCCUCAAGAUGAGGUGGAUGGAGGAGAGACACAGAAAAAACAACUCACAAAUCCUCAUGUGGAACUUCAAUUUUCAGAUGCAAAUGCCAAGUUUUACUGUCGGCUGUACUAUGCGGGAGAGUUUCAUAAGAUGCGGGAGGUGGUUUUGGGGAGCAGUGAAGAAGAUUUCAUCCGCUCCCUUUCUCACUCCUCACCCUGGCAGGCCCGGGGAGGCAAGUCAGGAGCUGCAUUCUACGCCACGGAAGAUGAUAGAUUCAUUCUGAAGCAGAUGCCUCGUCUGGAAGUUCAGUCUUUCCUGGACUUUGCGCCACACUACUUCAACUACAUCACAAAUGCUGUCCAGCAAAAGAGGCCCACUGCUUUGGCCAAAAUUCUUGGAGUUUACAGAAUUGGUUAUAAGAACUCUCAAAACAACACUGAGAAGAAGUUAGAUCUCCUUGUCAUGGAAAAUCUUUUCUAUGGGAGAAAGAUGGCACAGGUUUUUGAUUUGAAAGGUUCACUUAGGAAUCGAAAUGUAAAAACUGACACUGGGAAAGAGAGUUGUGAUGUAGUUCUGCUGGAUGAAAACCUCCUAAAGAUGGUUCGUGACAACCCUCUGUAUAUUCGUUCCCACUCCAAAUCUGUGCUGAGAACCUCCAUCCAUAGUGACGCCCAUUUCCUUUCAAGCCACCUCAUUAUAGACUAUUCUUUGCUGGUUGGUCGAGAUGACACUAGCAAUGAGCUGGUAGUUGGAAUCAUAGAUUAUAUUCGAACAUUUACAUGGGACAAAAAGCUUGAGAUGGUUGUGAAGUCAACAGGAAUUUUAGGAGGACAAGGUAAAAUGCCAACUGUGGUCUCUCCAGAGUUGUAUAGGACUAGAUUUUGUGAAGCAAUGGACAAAUAUUUCCUGAUGGUGCCGGACCACUGGACAGGGUUGGAUCUGAAUUGCUGAAAUUCUGCAGAUGAUUUGAAGUAGACUGUGAAGGAACGUGGAUCUGAGCAAGAGGCCCAACUGUAUGACAUGUUUAUUUCUUUGUCUCAUCUAUCACUGAACACAAAGGCCUUUCAGUUCUGUGAUUGCCCAUAGACUUUCUUUAGACUGUUCAUAACUGCAGGGUAAAAGCUCCGUGAAUUGUACUUUGCUUCUGCUACUUGAAAUUAGCUGCCUGUAAAACGGGAAACUAUACAAAGUUAAAUACAGGUUCUUCUCCAGGGGCUGUGAUUGGAGAUGAGGGUGUAGGGUAAGAAAUCGAGUUGUCAUGUUUACUAACUCAGUUGCUUAAAGAAUAAAGCUCUAUCUGGUAGACUGUGACUAUCUGAUAGAUUGUAGCUGUCUGAUAGACUGUAACUGUCUGGUAGACCUUGACUAUCUGAUAGAUUGUAGCUGUCUGAUAGACUGUGACUGUCUGGUAGACCGUGACUAUCUGAUAGAUUGUAGCUGUCUGAUAGACUGUGACUGUCUGGUAGACCUUGACUAUCUAUCUGAUAGAUUGUAGCGGUCUGGUAGACUGUGACUGAUAGAUUGUGACUAUCUAAUAGACUGUGGCUGUCUGGUAGACUAUGAUAGAUUGUGACUGAUAGAUUGUAGCUUGUCUGGUAGACUGUGCCUGUCUGACAUCACAUUUGACACUUUUUCCCUGAGACUUAUAGACUUGCUUAGUUCAUUUUAUGUUUCCUAUGUGUGUACUUAUAAUUUCUGAAAUAUUUAGGAAAGUUCCUAUUUACUCCACUAAUUGCCAGUUAAACAGAUUGGUGCUUGCUUUAUUAAGAGUUUAAUUAAACUGGGAAUUCUGUCAUACUCUGUAUUCUCCAGCUCACCUUGUUUUUAAUUGCAUUCAAGGCUUUAUCAUUCUAUCUUUUCGCGGGUGGUAAGAGCCUAUAACCAUUAGCUUUAAAGCCUUUCUUAGAGCACUUUAAGGAGCUUGUUUAAAACUUCUGUGUAAUGUGCCAAACAGCACUUAACCUGCAUGUGCAUUCAUAGUCUGGAUUUUUCUCUAAUUUUGGGGGAACAGAAUGAACAGGAAAUGAAUUGUAGUCACUGAAUCCCAAACUGAAUAAUUAAUAAUGAAGGAUUUUUUGAUAGUAAAAGAUAGAUUAGACCCAAUCUAAGAAACUGAAUGAGAAGGAAUAAUUGUUUUGUUUUGUUUUAUAGUGGUAAAGUAUCUUUCAACACUGUUAGCAGUUUAGUGGGCUCUAUAAAGGUUUCACUGUGGAUAUUCUCACUUUUAAGUUUUUACCACACUGACCAGUGCUGCUGAGAAAUGCUGAGAGGUGAAGUUAUUCCUAUUUAAGGACUGUGUUACUAACCAGCAUUCUUGUCUAAGUGACUAGGAAUCCCGAACUAUGAGAUGCUUUCACCCCAGAAAAUAAUAAAAAAUAUGUAAACAUUUCCUCUUGACUUUUAUGUGACAAGGAUAUUUGGACAUUUAUAAAGUUGUAAUUCAAUAUUUUCAAACUUCCUCUAAUAGCACAUCAAUAUUCACAGAAAAAAAAGAGGCUGGAUGUACUGUGCUACAUAGAAUAGUCUGCAGCUGAAGUAGGCACACGUUUGACAAGUUUACUGUAGAGAGUGAAGUGGUAGCUAGCUAUUUGUUUAUUGAGAGCUUUAGUUUUGAAUUCAUAGCAAGUUGAAUAAGGACGCACGUCUGCCUGAUGUUAAGCCUCAGCCUCUCAGUCUUGUAUCUGCGCCUUGUGAAGGUGGACCAAACACUGAAGAGUCCAGUUGUGGUGUUAAAGGUCAGUAAAGGAGUUGUACUGACAUGAAGAUUGCGUGUAUGCUACUUCUGUGCAUCCAGAAACAAAGGCUUUCAUGUCUGGUUUGAAAUGCCAGCUCUGUUCAUUCUUUCUAUCCGGUUGGUUAGGGCUAUAUGUCCUCCCCACUUCCUCUGGUACUGUACUGAUGCCUUUCCCUGCUGUGUCUGGUUGUUUCUGUUUUUCUUGUUGGUUUCAGUUCAGUCCACAUAGCUGAGCUCCAGGUAGGGCAGUAACCCCUGACAGGAGAAUGGUGUAUCCAUCCUCUCUUGCCCCUGACUUGAAAAGCAAUUUUGCUUUUUAAAGUAUUGUUGCCUCUGGUAUUUUGGUAACUAAACUUUCUGAGGCAAGAUUAUUUCUUUGAAAGCUUGACUUGUCCUUUUAGAAUUAAUGUUUGGCUGGUGUUAAUGAAGGGGAAUCGCAGAAGAGAUACAGCGGCUGCGCCGCUGUCGUGGAUAUGUAUGCUUAUACAGUAUUUCAAAUGCUUUCACGUGAAUGAAUGAUUUCCUCCUGAACUUCCUUUCAUGGCCCAAAGAAUUUUAAUGUUGAAAAGCUGUGAAUAAGGAAGGAAUCUCAUGCUCAGACUAUAAAUGAAUUCCAAAGUAACUGAUAGUAACAUGAGAGAAUUAUGUCAACAUGUUGCUUUGUAUAAAAAACUUAUUUAUAAAUGUGAAGCUUUUUGAUGAUAUAAAAUUUUGUUUAAAAAUUAGAAGAGACUUAAUUUUUUUUUCUCUGCCUGAGGGAAGAAAGGAGAAAUGAGCUGUUGUGAGCCCCUUUGUAGUCUACUGUGUGCUUUAUGGGUUCUUAAGUCCUACAGAAAUCUAAGCAUCAGUAUAAAUAACAGGGUCGUUCAGAUCAGCAUUGGCUCGUGUGACAGCUUUGUGGCUGACUGGUUUUGGCCUUUUAUCCAUCAGCAGUGGGCUUCUUGGAAAUGCCAAGGAGAGUUAUUAGCCUGUAGAAAGUUAGCUGAGUUUCCAGUGUGAAAACCGCUGCCAGUGAGCCUGGUGAAGUCUGACCAGGACAUUCAUGCUCUCAAAGUGACUUAUGCAGUAUUCAAAAUAUUUAGUGCAAUGCUUUUUUCUUUUCUUUUUUUGGUUGUUUUUGUAACGGGUGCAGUGUAUUAUAGGAAAAAAUGAAAAUUACAAUCAUGAGCAGUUUUGUUAAUGCUGCGCUGUCAGUUUUAUAGAGGAAGAUGUACAUAAUGUCUUUCAACAGGUUUACAGCAGAAGAAAUAACGUUGUAAAUGACAGUAGCCUCCUAAUUUAAUAUGAAAACUCAAUAUUAAAAGUACUUAAUGUAUUGAAAUGUAUAUAUUUCUUUAACCUUGUUUCCAACUGUUUUAUAUGAUUGACAUAUUAUUUAAAGAUAACCCUAGCCUUUUAGAGACUUGUACUGUAAAGAGGACCUACAAUAAACUGGA